AUUUUCGUAAAUGGUUUUUGUUGUAAUGUUAUCUACUGAUAAAAAACAGAGUAUGCUUGGGAAACUGGUUUAUGGGUUGAAAUUUGGCAGAGCAUUUGUGGGGGGAGAAGUCACACCAUAUCAGUUCCCUUCCCUCAGAAUCCGUUAAUCUUCUUUGUCAUUAGCAUUCACCAAUGGACUUAGCCGCAAAGCUUCAUCACCUCGACCUCACCGCGCCAGUCAUUUUAGACGCGCCGAAGCCCUCCAUACUCCGCCACUUUCCGCCGCGCACACUCACCAGAGUGAACAUCAACACCAAUUUAAUUUACACCAAUCGAUUCUUGGGCCCACUAAGGCCCAAUUCCACUUCCAAUGCUUCAUCGGGCCUAUCCACCGUCACCGUCGAGGACGACAUCGAGUCUCUCUUUUCUGAGCCUUCUACGGUCGACGAACGGCGCGUGAGGAAGCAGCCGAACACGGGCGCGUCGAGUGUUUCAUCGGGCGUGAAGUUAGAAAACGUGAGCAAAACGUACAAGGGUGUGACUGUGUUGAAGGACGUGAGUUGGGAAGUGAAGAAGGGUGAGAAAGUGGGUUUAGUUGGGGUGAACGGUGCGGGUAAGACGACCCAGAUGAGGAUUAUUGCGGGUCUGGAGGAACCGGAUUCGGGGAACGUGAUAAAAGCGAAGCCGAACAUGAAAAUCGCGUUUCUAAACCAGGAAUUUGAGGUGUCGUUGAGUAGGACGGUGAGGGAGGAGUUUAUGAGCGCGUUUAAGGAGGAAAUGGAGGUGGCGAGCAAGUUGGAGAAGGUGCAGAAGGCACUUGAAGGUGCUGUUAACGAUUUGGAGUUAAUGGGAAGGCUUUUGGAUGAGUUUGAUUUACUUCAGAGGAGGGCACAAUCUGUGGACUUGGAUGAGGUUGAUGCAAAGAUAAAUAAAUUGGUACCAGAACUUGGUUUUGCUCCUGAGGAUUCUGAUAGGUUGGUCGCGUCUUUUAGUGGAGGUUGGCAAAUGAGAAUGUGUCUUGGCAAGAUUCUACUUCAGGAGCCUGAUUUAUUACUGUUAGAUGAGCCCACAAAUCACCUUGACCUCGACACCAUUGAGUGGCUUGAAGACUAUCUUAACAAGCAGGAUGUGCCGAUGGUUAUCAUUUCCCAUGACAGAGCUUUUCUUGAUCAGCUGUGUACAAAAAUUGUUGAAACUGAGAUGGGUGUAUCCAGGACAUAUGAGGGGAAUUAUUCAGAGUUUGUAAUUUCAAAGGCAGCAUGGAUUGAGGCACAGUAUGCUGCAUGGGAGAAGCAGCAGAAAGAAAUUGAACAGACAAAAGACUUGAUAAGUAGGUUAGGUGCUGGAGCAAAUUCUGGCCGUGCUUCAUCUGCUGAAAAGAAGCUGGAGAGACUGCAGGAAGAGGAACUAGUAGAGAAGCCAUUUGAACGGAAGCAAAUGAAAAUCAGGUUCCCUGAGCGCGGAAGGAGUGGAAGAUCUGUCGUAACAAUUAAGAACUUGGGAUUUGGCUUUGAGGAUAAGACACUUUUCAAAAAGGCAAAUCUUACAAUUGAAAGGGGAGAAAAAAUUGCCAUUAUUGGUCCAAAUGGAUGUGGCAAGAGUACUUUACUGAAAUUGAUUAUGGGUUUAGAGAAGCCAAGUGGGGGUGAAGUUUUGCUUGGAGAGCAUAAUGUAUUGCCUAACUAUUUUGAGCAAAAUCAGGCUGAAGCACUUGAUCUGGACAAGACAGUGAUUCAGACAGUAGAAGAAGCUGCAGAGGACUGGAGGAUUGAUGACAUUAAAGGACUUCUUGGGCGUUGUAAUUUUAAAUCUGAUAUGCUUGACCGAAAAGUUUCACUUUUGAGUGGUGGUGAGAAGGCUCGACUAGCUUUCUGCAAAUUCAUGGUAAAACCAUCGACUCUGCUUGUGUUGGACGAACCAACCAACCACUUGGAUAUACCUUCAAAAGAAAUGCUCGAGGAGGCAAUAACUGAGUACCAGGGCACUGUUAUCACAGUAUCUCAUGACCGAUACUUUAUAAAGCAAAUAGUUAAUAGAGUGAUAGAAAUUAAAGAUGGCACUUUACAGGAUUAUGCAGGUGGUUACAAUUAUUAUUUAGAGAAGAAUCUCGAUGCUAGGGAAAGAGAACUUGAACGCGAGGCAGAGCUAGAGGGCAAAGCUCCUAAAGUGAAAGCCAAAUCUAAGAUGUCCAAGGCUGAGAAAGAAGCACGGAAGAAGCAAAAGAUGCAGGCCUUUCAGGCAGCAAAACAGAAGUCUAAAGGUGCGAAAAAUGCUAAGAGAUGGAAUUGAGUGAACCGUUCCUUUACAUCACGUGAGCUCCAUUUUAGUCUAAUUUACCAUGUCAAGAGGAUAGAAGGUGAAGUAGCGUAUUGGGUUAGCUACACACCCUUUGUAUAUAUCAUGUACGAAUACAUUUACUUUUUACGGGGAUAUACAAGUUUCAUUAUAUCAUAUGUUAUUCUCAACUGCAACUUGCUACCCCCAAUCCCAUUUUUGCAUGUAUUAUGUAAUUCGACUCAUUAAAUGCGAAUAAUACGAAGAAAGCAACUAGCCCAGAUAUACCAUGAUAUCAAUUAUUGAGUGUAAGUUAUCAAGGACCUAUUUUACUUUACUAAGCCAACUACCUUUGUU